GUAACGACACAUGUGCAACAGUUGGUAACUUUAUUGGUGAAAUGUUUCACCUACACAGUAGGCUCCUUCAGUCAAAUACAGAGGCAGCAGAUGUAGUAGUGAAAUGAAGAUGAUGUAAUCAGGCCAUUAACUUUGGAGAAAAGGUAUUUGAGGUGGUCAGUCCGUCAGUUUGAUGACCACCUCAAAUACUUUUUCUCCAGGGCUGAUGGACUGAUUACAUCUUUAUUUUUACUACUACAUCUGUAUUUGACUGAAGAAGUCUACCGUGUAGGUGAAACGUUACAUCAAUAAAGAUACCCAAGUAUUGUACUUGUGUUAAUGUUGUAGUGGUGAUGGUGCAGCACCUGGCGUCCUCCACGCCGCCAUGAAAGUUGUUCCUCACGUCUUAUUUCAGAUUUCUGUGGUCAUGAAUGAGGUAGGCUCUAAGCUUGAUGUUAUAUUGGAGGGUAUCCGUCAGUCUGAGGAUUACCUGCUGCAGAAGAAGAGGAAGAUAAAUCAAGUGGAAGAGAAGAUAGCACUUCAGUGCACAGUGGGUGCCAAGGUUAAGAAGGAAAUCAGUCAGCUGCAGGAGGAGCUGAAGGCCACCAAACUGCAGCUGUACACACUGGAGGAGCAGCUCGACACUGACCUCCUCCUCCAUCACAGAUUCCUUCACCAUAUCAAGCUGAAUGACUCUGAGCUGGAGGAUCAACUCCAGAGCUUGGAAUCUGAGGAGAUGAGCCGGGAGGAGAUGGUAGAGGAUUUUGUGAAGAAAGCUGCAGAGUUUCACAACCAGGUGAGGCUGGAUAAUCCACAGAUUCCCAACAGGAAGAAAGCCAUCAAGCAGGAGCACCAGCAUCUCCACCUGGAGGAGACCAGACUUCUCUGUGGUCAAAAUCAAAGUGCUGGAGACAACAAGAAAGAGGAAGAGUCACUUGAGAAAACAAAGCAGGAGCUGCAACCUCUCAUACAUGAGCUACAGAGAUUUGUGAAUGACUGGGAGCCAGACCUCAGGAACCAGCUCAUGUUAGCUCAUCAUGAGAGGGACCAACUCAUGGACCCCAACAGUCAACCAAUAAAACGGUUGACUUCAGAGAUAUCAAGUAGGCAGGAGGAAGGGGAGUACCUGAACUCUGCCUUGCUGGCCAUGCAAAAGGAACGCUUUGAACUUGCCAUGGCUCUCAGGCUUAAAGAAAUGGGCCUACCCCUACCUCGUAUAGAAGUUGCAAAAACUCAGAUCCAUCCCCAGCAAAAUCAACAUAGCACCAUAACUUCACAAAAACAGCAGUGCAGCUAUAAAUCUUCGGGCAGUUCUGUGUCCAAUGCUGCAAAUACUAGUGGUUCGGCAUCUACAUCAAGAAACUUCAGUGGUGCUGGCUCACUAGAUAAUGAUUGGUCUCAACUGGAAGAUUUGGAUUGGAGCUCACUAGAUGCUGAUAUGCCUAGAUUAGCUGACACUGGUGUUGCCAAGGCAUCAAAGAUUGGUUCAACACAGUCCAAGGACACCAGUAAUGGUGGUUCAAGAAAAACACUUGAUGCUGGCUCGCAAUUUACUGAUUUGUCUGAGCUGGAAAGUUUGGAUUGGAACUCAUUAAGUGCCAAUGUGCCUAAAUCAACCGACACUAGUGUCAUCAAGGUGUCGAAGAGUAGUUCAACUCAGUCAGAGGGCAUCAGCAUUGCUGGGUCGAGGAAAACACUUGGUAUCAGUGGCAGCCAUCCUAGACCCACACCUUCCACACCUCUGACUUUUACCAGAAACCCUCCACCUUCAACACCACAAACUGAGGUGGAAUCUUGUCCAAAAUUACCACUACACCUCCUAGGUCACUUUAGGUGUGUUUCCAGAGACAAAGAAGAAUCUGACGAAACAUCAGGAGAUGAAUCUUCUGCUCAGAAGAAUCCAAAAGUCACACAAGUUUCUUCAGCAGGUAGAACAGUGGAAGCUUCCACCUCCGCUGCAGCAAAAGUGAGUAGUGCUCCUUACACACAGUCGGUUUCAGCCACAGCUGGCUCAUACAGCUCAUAUCUCUCAAAACGCUCAUCACUAACUGUGCAUGCCCAGAAGCCAACACCAAGCCACCAAGAAAGUGUCACUGCUAUAGAUAAAAAUUCAAACUCAGGGUCAGCCUCUAUGAUGCCACCACCAGAGAACAGAUCCUCUGAUAAGAGCUCUGGUGAAGUAAAAUCAGAUGUCUUUGAUCAGUCUUUAGAUAAUAUAUAUUCUUUUGCACCUGGUUGGGCUUCUAUGUCCAUGUCUGAUACAGAUGGCAAAACUGAAAGCAAAAUGCAAAAUGACAACACAGGUAAGAUUUAUUAUAAAUUUAAAAAGACUACCUUUAUGUCUGUGCAAGAUUUUCAUGAAGAGAAGAGCUCAGAUUCUUCCAGACAGCUUUAUCAGAGAAGGAGUUCUUCAUAUUCUCAAGGAGAAGCAUCACACAGUAAUCUUUAUUCAUCUUGGAGUUCUUGGAACCACCAGCCACGUCCUCCCCACAGAUAUAGUUUCAAACAGUCAGAUCAACAAAGAUCUAAUUUUCAACAACCUACUAACUCCCAAGGAAAUUUCACUAAGACCACACGUGCAGAAAAUCACUAUUCAGUGUCUGACAAAAACUCGGAUGGAUGGCAUCAAGGAGAACGAAAAAUUAGAUUUAGCGAUCAUACUGAAUUGCUUGGGACACCCCAAGACAGUAACUGACCACAGAUGCUCCAUUUUUUCAAGAAAAAAACUACAGUUUGGGUAAGAACUACUGUGAGUAUAUUUGUAAAUUUUACAUGUAAUCAUUGCUGCAGAAAAUAUUAUGUACAUUCUAUUAAUAUCAAAAUUUUUGCACUAUUCUAACAUCAAAAUUAUUUUUAUACACAAAAAAGAGGGUUUGUCAUCCUUAACCCUUUGACUGUCGCAACCCCCAAUCCUGAGGUGUCUCCUGGUGUCGCAAAAUUUAAAAAAAAAAUUAUUUUUUCUUAUGAAAUGAUAGAGAAUCUUUUCCCGAUUGAAAUGACACCAAAAAAACGAAAUUUGAUGGAAAACUGACGGAAUUAUGCUCUCGCGAAGUUAGCAACCUCGGCGCUGUUUACAAAUCGGCGAUUUCGCCCACUUUGAGCCCUAUUUUCGGCUAAUUCCAUUGUUCCAGUCGCCCAAACUCAUAACUAUUUCUUUAGAACUCCAUUUUUUCUAUCGGUUGAGUACAAGAAACUGCCCAUUUACCGAUUUCAACUACCUAAUAAUGUGGUCAGAAAUUUGCAAUUUGGCCAAUUUCACAAAAACUAAAAAAUAUGACAGUUUCAAAAUAAGGUCCAGAAUGAACAAUACAGACAUUCCUGGCUCUAAAAUAACAUUUUCUUUGCUCAUCAGUCAUGUCUCCAGGCCCCUCUGAUAUUACUCUUGCUUUCUAUUUUGAAUUUUUAUUCAAACAAAAAAUAGAAGACUUACUAUUAUGCAGACUAAUGCAAUACUGUAAUAAUUAUAUAAAUAACAUCAACCCAUUCAUGACUGCAUAUUAGAAUGGCUAGUUGGACAUUUAUUGGACAAUGGCAUCAUUUGUUUACUUUUGAACAUUGGCAAAAAUCAAACAUUUCCCCUAUUUUGAGCUCCAUUUCUAGGUUCUUUUUAUAGUAAAAUCAAUCAAAAUCACCUCUAUUUCUAUAAUAUGUUUUCCAUUCUAUCAAAUGAGAUCAAGAAAACAAGAAUACAACCAUAAAUACUAUACGAAAAUAGACCACAAAGUCGGCAUUUUAAUUAAAAAAAACGGUCGGAGUUUUUUUUUUCUCAUUAUGCACUGUGUGCUCCAGGAUUUUUUUUAUAUGGUGCACACUGACCACACAGACCCAUUCUCUCACAUGUGGGCCUACCAGCUUUCUCCUGCUUGAUUUGAAGCCGCUAGAAUUUAUGAGUAUAUAUACGUCAAACACGGUACCUCGUAAGACGUAUAUACAUGUAUACGGCCGUGACAGUCAAAGGGUUAAGUAAAACCUGAUAAUCCUCUGCAUAAUUCAGUUUUGUUAUGCUGUAUUUUUUGGGUUUUAUUCUAGUUAAUUCUCUGUAAUAUGUUAUAUAUUUACCAUACAUUUUUUAAUUUUUUUUAUUCUGCUAGUGUUACUGUGUGUAGUACAUACAAGUGUCAUUUAUUCAUAAAGCAUUAUAUAAUUAUUUGUUUGAGCAUAUAAAUACGUGCAUUGUGUUAUCUUCCUCCAGGGAUGCAUCAGUGGCUGGAAUUUCAUUGAGAUAUUUUUAAUUUACACAUGCUAUUGUAGUUAAAGAGGAAUUACAGUUUUUUCAAUCAGUGUUUGCAUGAAUAAUAAUACUAAUAAUGAUAAUAAUAAUGGAUAGAAGGCAGUUGAAUGAAUGAUGGUGAAUGUGCUUAUUUUCUUUGGCCUACCCUGCCUUGGCAGGAAACAGCCGUUGAGUUUUAAAAUAAUAAUAAUCGUGAUAAUAAUUAUAUAAAAUUAUCUUUGCACUUCUGGCAAGACUGCUGUUACACAGAUAACCCGUGUAUUGGAGAAUAAAACUGAUAACGAUGUUUUGGUCCGACUUGGACUAUUAAUUAGUCAAUAGUUAAUGGUCCAAGUCAUUCUAUGUGCAGGUUAUUUGUGUAUUGUCCAAGUCAUGGUAUUGUGUCUUUUUAUUCUUCAUGACAGCUGUUGAAUAAGUGAUGGUGAAGGUGUUUCCUUCUUUGGGUAACUACCAUGGUGGGAGCAGCCAAUGUGGUGCUAAUAAUAGUGAUAAUAAUAAUAAAAUUAUACAUAUAAGAAAGCAUGUAGAGUAAAAUACUUAAUUACAGUUGCCAUCAGCUUAGUGGUGUACUGUUGCUUGAAUCUCAUUGCUAGUUCAGAUACUGUUUCCUAUUAUACAAUUAUAACUUCAGUUUUUAACAGGAUAUUUUACUUUUUGAGAAACUUUAAAAAUUCAGUUUUUAAUAGCAUAACAUAUUUUGGGGUAAACUAUGAAAGUUCAGUUUUUUUAAUAAAAUAAUUGAUUUUCGUGGAAUCUAAAAAUUUGUUAUUGAGCAAGUUAUUUUAUUUUUUUGAAACUUAAAAGAAUUUUAUAACUAAGAUUUUCUGCAUUUUUAGAAUUGGUAAAGAGUUCCAUAUUUUUAGACCUUUUAUUUGCAUGGAGUUUCUGAUUUGCAGUUUGGUUCAUUUGCCACACAUAUGUUAUAUGUACAACAAAAAGGUAAGUUUUAUUUAUGUUUCAAAAUUAAUUUUUUUUCCCCAAGAGCUAAAACCAAAACAUGGAAAUAAUUUCAGUUAUCACCUGCAUUAAUAUGUGAGUCUGGUUUAGUGCUUCUUUGUCAAAUACUAUAAUUAGUCUCUUGGAGCCACUUUUUUAUUUAAAAACACUGUGCGAAUGUAUACAGUAAACUCUUCUUUUUAAAGUUCCUCUUAUGGCGCUGUGUAGUGUAACUAAAUGGAAAAGUAUAUUCAAAAUGUAACAGAAUGUGGAAAGGUCUUCGUAUCACAUGCUAUCCAGUCUGGAAGUACGUAUUUUGUAAUUGCAUUUACUGAAAAUCGCACUAUAUGGAGGAGCUGUAUAACAGCUUACUGUAAUUCUUUAGUUGAAUUUGUUAGAGUUUAUUUUCAGUUCCUGAACCUACCUCCUGUUUAUAUUUUAAAUACUGGCCAUCUCCCACUGAGGUAGGGUGAUCCGAAAAAGAAACACUUUCACCAUCAUUCACACUAUCACUGUCUUUCCAGAGGCGUGGACUGUGCAGGCACUGUACUUCCCACUUCUGGGACUCAAGUCUGGCUCAGUUUUAUUACAAAUAUAGGGAAGGGGAAUGGAAGGCAAUCAGAUUUGAUCAAUGGAAAUGAGAGGAUGGCUCCAGUUUUUGGAUCAAGAACCCUUUGGCAUAAAGGCAAUAUCCUCUUGAAAGGGUUAGUUUUGCCAUGUGUAUUUCACUACCUUUUUAGCAAAAAGGUUCCUUGAAGACAGGUUAUCUUUGAUGCUAAUGAAAAGCUCUUGAUACAAGGAAUUGGAGCUACCCUCCAUUUCUUUGGGUCAAAUCUGUUUCAGAUUCCCCAGCCUAUUAAGAGUGUUUAGUGCUUCCCACAAAUAUUAGUUCUUUCCAUGUCUAUUCCAGUCAAUUUUUCCACCAGUGUUGCCUCUUCUUUGUACCAAUGUUAGUGUAAUUUUUCUCCAUUCCAUUGUUCUGUUUCUUCAGUUUCUGUCUUUGAAAUGGAUUUUGACAGACUUCUCAAACUAGUCAUUUCCCUGAGCAUUUCUAUGUUAGUACUAUGACUAAUGUUACUAUGAUGUAGGGAUUCAGGGAAACUCAUUAGCUGGACUUGAGUCCUGGAGGUGGCAAGUACAAUGCCUACACCUCUAAAGGAGGAGUUUGGGAUAUUUGCUAUUUGGAGGGACAUACAUGUACUAUCAUUUCUACAUGCCUCUGGCAAGACAGUAAUAGUGGGAAUGAUGGUGAAAGUGCUUCUUUUUUGGGUCAUCCUGCCUCAGUGGGAGAUGGCCAGCAUGUUAAAAAAAAAUAUAUGUCUUCCUCUUCAUCUCUGUAACUUCAGAUUCUUGGUCGUUACUCUUGCGCUUACACUGUAACUCAGGUCUUACAUUUGUCCUCUAGCAGUGUGCAGAACACUAGUUUAAAACCACUUCCAUUGUGUAUAUUCUGUAUUAUUUGUUUGUUCAUCUCUCACUUUUGCCUGCUAUGUAUUUGUCUGCAGUUUUGUCAUACAGUCAGUUUUCUGUCACCAGGCUGUUCUUUUUCAGUUAAUAUGAAGGCCCUUGCUUCUUUUUCUGAUUCCUCAUUUUUACCCACUGAAGGGAAGAGGUAAUUGAAUUUACUCUUCUUUCUACAUUAAAAGCACCUCCAUGGAUAAACUGUUGUACCUUUUUGUCGUUUUCGUACUCUUGGUGGCUGCCAUUGCCAUUCCAAGAGAAAACACUUUCAUAAAAGUAUACCUCAGUGGUCCCCUAACUAAAAUGUGCUGCUACUACUACUCUUCUUUCUUUAUUUUCUUAUCAAGCAAGGGUUCGAACACAGUGUCAGAUACCUAAGCAAAACUGCUGGUCCUCUUAUGCUUCUACUCUAGAUGUCAUUCUUUCUCUGAUUACAUUAUGUAAAAUGUGGUGAAAAUUAAUUGGCAAGUACUCACCUGAUCUGUCAGAGUUAGUCAACCCCACUGAUGUAAGAGAAGUAAUAUCUUGAGCAGGGUAAUUUGCCUGGAUUUUGAUGAAGGAAAAGUCAGUCUUGUCUGCUAAGGAGCAUAGUUUUGGAAAAUGUACAAAAUAGGGUCACUUAUUAAUUCAGAAACUUAAUUUGAGUGACUUGUCAAAUUAAGUGCUGGUCAUACAUCAAGGUAUUCUUUCAUUAUUAGAAGAUUUAAAAUGUUAUUGAUAUGGCAGCUGUAGGGAUUUUAUGUAUCUUUCUGGUUUAUCAAUUUAAUUAGAACCUAACAAUAUAACAUAAAACCAUGUGAUAAAUCCAAAUUAAAAGGGGUUUCAGUAAAACGUUUAUAUUAGAAUACAGUAAAGUAUAUAUACAGAAUAUAUAUCUGUAGAAAGGGUAUAGUAUAAGAAAGUGCUAUACAUCUUUCAUUAGGUGUUUAUUUUGGAAUACAAUAAUAUAAUUACACAUUUGGUAAAGCAACACAUUAAAAUCCCAACAUUGAAACUGUAAGAAGGAAGCUGAGACUGAUGGCAAUGACUUGCUCAAAUGCAUUUACCAUUACAAUUCAUAUUUCCAUAGUGUUAACAAUGGUACUUACCAGAUUACAAUGCUUUGCUUUUGUAAUGUUAAAGAAAUUAGAACAAUUAUACAUACAUGACAAAUUUAUUGGAACUUAGCAUUUAUUGCAGUUUGAUAAUGCAACAUGAAAAAUUAUUGGCUUUGAAUGUGAAGAGAAUUUCUUAUAUGUUCUGCAUUUUAUUUAUGUACUACAAGUAUACAUACAAUAUUUUAGGCCCCUGAAGGAAAGUGCCUUGAUGCUGGUGAAGGCUUUUUGAUCCAAGGAAUUGAAUUUGUCCUGAUCCUUCCUUGGAUCAAUCCUGAAUGCCUCCCAUUUCUUAGGUGCUGUAUAACCCCUAUGGGUUUAGUGCUCCCUGAUUAAAAUGAAAUGGAUUAUUACAUAAAACACUGCUUAAACCUUUAGUUUUUUAUUUUUUUUUUAUGUUAACUCCAAGUUUUUUUUAAUAUCUGUUGUAAGUUCUAUUAUAUUCUUUGCAAAUUUAUUUAAGACCAAUUAAUGUAGAUGGUAAGACAAUAGUAAUUAAUUAUGUGUACUCUUAAUAACCCAAAUGACAUGUUUAAUACCCGUGUGAGGGACAGGCAGCACUUGGUUUACCCAGGACCCAUUGUGUAGUUGAUAAACUUUAAAUUUAAUGACACCACCAGCUGUGACAUCUUGUUUCAUCCAGGAAGUGACCUACAACACCACCUAUUUGCUGCUAGGUGAACAGGCACAGCUGGUAUAAGUAGACUUGUUCUCAUGUCAAGCCUUAUCUGGGGUUUGAACCUGGGAUCUCUCAGGUGUAGCUACUGCUAUUAGUACAUACUGUGUUACAGGUCACCCUGAGCUAAGGUCAGUAUACAUAGUAAAUGCAAAUUAUAGUGCAUAAAACUAAAUAAUGAGGUGAAUUAUGUACAAAUAUGAUAAAAAUGACUACAACCAUUAAUCACAUUGCUUUUGAUACAUAUUACAUAUAGCAUAAUGAUAUUACAACUGUUAACUAAGAUAAAAAUUAUUAGAAGGAAUUAGCAAUAAAUGCAUUUCCAAGUCAGAAAUUGUUGAAAGAAGCUAUAGUAGUAAUAAAUGUUUAUACAAGCAAAUACAAUUUUAAGGUAAUAGAUAUUCAGUUCGUCAGGUUUCAUGACUUAAGCAACAAUAAAACAUAUGCCAUUAAUCAUACAAGUGCCAGCUAAAUAGGGCUCAGUGGUACACUUAUAAGCGAUUCUACACUCCUAAAUAAUUUAUUAUGCUGUCACUGUUAAUAGGUACUUUUUGAACAAUAGGCUAGAACUGAUGUAGGCUACAAUGUGGACAAUUGGUAAAUGAGGAAAAAUUACUUUGCUUGCCAAAACUACAUGAUCUCAUGGUUUGUUUGAACAGCCACAGGGCAGCUUAAGAGUUACCAAAAAGAAUUCUACCCUUGUCAUUCAGAAAUUCAAAACCCAUCUUUUCAGAAUAAAGCCAAACUGCUGUUCAAAUUUAAAUUGAUGUCUGCAAUUAUUGAUAGCAACUGAAGUACCUAAGUCAGCUGAUGUCAUCUAUCUUUGAGAGGUUUUCAGAGUUUUCCUACUCAUGCACCCUGGACCAAGCUUGGUUGAUGUUUACCUGGUCAACAAUGCUGUUGCUGCUGGCCACUGGUUCACAUAUCCAUCAGGACCUAGUUCAUCUGGCACUUGACAAAGGUACUUGUCGAAUUUCCUCUUGAAGACCUCUUCACUGGUUCUGGCAAUAUUUCUGAUAUCUGCAGGUAGCAGGUUAAAUAGUCUAGGCCUCGAAAUGUUGAUACAGUGUUCUUUUAUUGUGCACAUGGCAUCCAUACUUUUCACUGGGUUUAUUUUACAUUUUCUCUCACUCCAGAAAGCUACUUUAUUGUGUAUAUAUUGAUGAACACUCAUACAGUGUAUUUGGCUGCAAAGAUCACAUAGGCACAAACACUUUUGGGUCACCCUGCCUCAGUGGAAGACAGUUUGUUUAAAAAAAAAAUGUAUAAUAAUGUAAAGAUGGCAGCCAGCCCUGCAAGGUUCGUUCACUAUA